GAUUGAACGGCUGGGUCAAGCCAUAACUUCCGGGGUCACCGUUGUGGUCGUAAUCGAUUAAUCGAUACGCGCGCGCAAGUUAGUUAUGGAUAAUCGACGAAUCGUUAGAGUGUGAGCGCCACGCCCGCGUUGUUAUUAUUGUGUGUUACUUGUGCAAGGCGUGUGUGUGUACAUUACACACAUGUACACACACACACACACGCGCGGCACGUGGGCAACGCGUGUGUGUGUGCUCGUGCUGGCUUCCCGCCGUCUCUUGGCGGCAACGACAGCGGCAGUCGGCUCCAGUGAGAGUUACAGGCGACAGAGAGUACACGAGCGCCGCAGGGGAGACAUCGUGGAAUCAAGGUGGUGAAUGUGCUGCUGCAAAUUGUACUGCGGUGAGAGCGCGUGCGAGUGAGCGUCAACGACGCCCAAACGGGGAUUGAAAGUGUGGUCCCGCGUGUGUCAUGGAGCGCCUGCUGGAGCUGGGCCUCGAUGGCCUAGCAAGGGGUCAGCUGACAUCAUGUGAAGCAGAACUGCAGGAGCUGAUGCGGCAGAUCGAUGUGAUGGUGGGACAACGCAAGCAGGAGUGGGAGCGUGAGCUGCAGGCGCUGUCGGCCCGCCUGGAGGUGCGUGAGCAGGAGCUCUUCCUCUGCCGCUCCACGCUGGAACGCAAGCACCAGGAGGUGGGCAUGCUAAAGCAGCAGCUGGAGACGGCGGAGACCUCCCACGCGGCGGUGGCUCAGCGGUAUGAAGAGGAGCUCAAGUAUUGCAAAGAUCAGCUCGGCAAGCUGAAGGGCAGUUACGAGAAACUCCAACGGCAUCAGCGGCGCCAGGCGAGUCGGAUCCGACAGGACACGGAUGGCAGUCUCGCCAGUGCAGAGCUGGGCCACCUGUGCCAGAAGCUGGAGGAGUUCCGAAGUCAGUCACUGGAGUGGGAGAAGCAGAGGAUCAUGCACCAAGAGCAGGUGGCCCAUCUGGAGUCACAGAGGAGAGCUCUCGCUGAAGAAUGCACAGCCAUACAGCAGCAAUCGCUGAACUACCAGGCCCAGUUGAUCUGCUGGCAGAAUUCAGUGGAGGAGAAGGAUCAAUGUGCGAUGUCGCUCCUACAAAGCCAACUGGAAAAAGCCAGCAAGGUGCUGCAGUCCGAUCGGAGUGCAGUGCAGCAGCUCGGAGAGGACCAGCACGAGGCGGAGGCUGCGUGUGGGCCAGAGGCGGAGAACAGGCAGCAUCUGCGCGAGGAGCUACACCGCACGUGCCAACACGACAGACGGGAGGGCAGCGCUGUGUCCGUUGGGCAGCUGGAGCUGGAGAACCGACAGCUGCGGAGUGAGCUGGCUGCCCUGUGCUCUGCCGCCGCCGUGCUGUCUCAUCACGUCCCCGAGAUGGAGCGAUGUGAAGAGCGGUCGGUGAAGGAGCAACGGACAAAGAGUGAAGGUGACAUGCAUGGGCCGCACGGCCGACUGGGUGGCGCAGAGAAACCGCUCCAGUUUAACAUUCAGCGCCUGUUCUCACCACCGGAUGGAGGAGAGCAGGGACACCCCGUGUCUGAGUUGAAGGCCGCAGAGUCUGCUGGGUCAAGGCACGCGACAGCCGUCGACGCUGCCCCUCUGGCUGCGAGCUUUGAACCUCUACCCUACCCCAGAACCUUGUCUGAUGAUGAACUAGUCGACAGCUUUGCCAGUGUUAAUGAACCAGGAAGAUUGUUUCACACAAUGAAGACACGGGAUCUGGAUCUACUGAUUUCAGAUGAGCCGGCUGGGUCCGAUGCGGCUGUUGAACAGUUUUUGGAAGAAGAGUCGAAGCGUGCCAAGGAUCUGGAGAGACUGGUUGAAGAGCACAUGGACGGCCUGCGCAGAGAGACUCGACUCGCACUUGAGCACUUGGGUCAAGCCCAUGGGUCCCCAGCAUGAGCAGUAUGUGGAGUAACAAUGGGCAACUAAAACCCGUAGAUUUAUAAAGCUGUGUUUGGUCACGUAGACUUGUUUCUCUUCUUGGUUUUGUGAGUAGGUCUCAUGUGUCAUUAACAUGGGUGUAUACCCAGCUAAUACCGCUUGGCAGACAAGCCAGCACUCUUGUCAUGAAUCGACCCCCUAAAAGGAUCUCAAGUCCCAGGUCAUCGCCUAUAGCGGGUGACCAGCUCUGUGUUACCACCCAUUUCAUGUUACUACUGCGUUUACUGGUUUCCAUGUUUACCUCCCAGGCUGAGGGUUGGGGU